UGUCUGGCCAACAGCCGACUCACACACUGAAAGGCCACCACUCGGGGGGAAGCACAGUUCGACACUUCAUGGUACCUUCCUGGGAGCAGUUCGAGCUAGUCUUACAUAUACUCGCUUCGAGAGAGCACGCAAAACGCUAGAGCUCCUUCGCUCCGUGGUCUCUAACAAAUCUCGGUCACAAGACAAGUGCGCGCGUUUCGCAACUACGUAAAGUUCAAUUUAUUUUGAUUGCGCGUUUUUUGUGAAGGAAAAAUUAAGGUGCUGUAAGCAAAAAGAAUAAACAGCUACAUCGGUAAAGAAACUAUACAGUGUGGAAAAAAUAUCGGUUUGGAAAAGUGCUAUCAUAAGCGUAACAGAACAUUAGUGUUUCGAGGUUGAAUCAGAACGAGAACACCGAAUCAGCAGAAAAAAGGAUUACAACAUCGAGUGCAGAACAGAACAUCAAAAAACAGCGCAAUUUAUAUUUUGGAGGCCCUUGUCCCCCAACGACCCCGUCCAGACAGGCUGUUAGACAAUGCACUAAGACGGACUAUGAUGGUUGCGGAUUUUGUAUCAAGACCACAAAACGGUUCGCCAAUUAACGGUGAAAUACCUGGCCAGAAUCAUAACAACUCCAAUAUGCCUGCACACAGUGCCUUGCUGAUGAGUAAUAACUCAACGGGGCGGGCCAGCCCAGCUAGUCCCGAAUCGGACUACAACGGAAAUGGCUACGAUUUAUCGGGUCAUCUGAAGCGCAAAGACUUGUUCAGUCAGCGCAAGCAACGCGAAUUUAUACCGGAUAAUAAAAAAGACGACAGCUAUUGGGAUCGCCGACGACGCAACAAUGAAGCAGCCAAACGGUCCCGAGAAAAGCGUCGCUUCAACGAUAUGGUCCUGGAGCAGCGAGUAGUCGAGUUAACAAAGGAAAAUCACGUACUGAAAGCGCAAUUAGAUGCUAUCAAAAACAAAUACAACAUUUGCGGUGAAAACUUGGUCAGUGUAGAUCAGAUCAUGGCUACGCUGCCCACCAAUGAGCAAGUCCUCAGCUCCACCAAACGAGUCAAAAUCAACAGCACUCCAUCAAUAGUAUUUCCUCUUGCGAGGCCCACAGUUCCCCAGUCGCCGUUGACUCCCCAGCAAGGACCACAGAUACCAUCGCUUCAUUCACAUCAGCCUUUAUCACAACCUAACGUGAUCCAACCAUCCCAACAGCAUCCAACCCAACAACCGCAGCAGCAAUCCCAGCAGGCAGCAGUCAUUCACCCCAAUCCCAACAUCGAAUCUCCCCCUCCGCCACAAUCAAUUGCUUCGCAGCUUCAGCAAAUCACAAUUCAGCAUACUAGUUCCCACUACAGUCACCAUUCACCCGCCGCCAUCUACCGAGAGUACGAACCACUAACCAACGGUAGCAGUCGAUGCGAUAGUAAUAAGCACGAAUCAACUAUCCGCAGUCCGCUCACUAGAGUUGAACUCAUGGAGCAUGACGAGCACCGCAGCGAGCAACUUGCUGAGCAUCGUGACCGUGAACGUGAACGUGACCGUGAGCGCAACUUGGAUCGAAACGAUGUUCCUGUGUUACCGGUUCCUACCUUCGGAUCGUCGAACUCGCACAUCAGUGGACCACAUAUUUCGCACCAUCCGUACUCCUCGCCCUACACUAUUCCCAACUACCCGGUCAGCUACGCUGCCAACCUCUACCCUUCACCACCACGAGAGAUCAACGCACUACUCACCGCCAACGUGCUAAAUCUCAGCCGGAGGGCCCCUUCACCAUACGAAACGUCUAACGGAACUGGGUCUAACAGCAGUCACAGUAGUUCCGGUGACGAUGAACAUGAUCGCGAACACAUGCACGAUCACAACAACAGCCUACCCGUAAAGCUACGGCAUAAAUCCCAUUUAGGAGACAAGGACGCAGCCACGGCUCUUCUUGCGCUGCAAAACAUCAAACAAGAACCACAGAUUCGAUCGUCUUCUCCUUGGGACGAUGGUGACGGUGGAUCGUCGGAUGAACGUGAUUCGGGUAUCUCUACCGAAUGGCCUACAAAGGCCGAACAGAAAAUGAUGGUUCCCCUACCCGUAUCUCCACCAUCAACGUCGGUAUCCCCAAUUGCAUCCUCUACCGCAAACAUCAUCGGCGGUAAGAUUACCUCAAUCCCUGCAUCAGUUGUCAUUAGCAAAAAGGCCGAGGAAAACAUCCAUCUCCAGUCGAAAUUGGCCCGGCUGGAGUCGGAAGUGGCCACUAUCAAGAAUAUGAUGAUUUCCAAUACCGCUGGCAGCGGAUUUGGUGUCACAGCCGCGGCACAGUGAUACAAGGCGAACCUUUUGCCACUGGGCGACCGCGAGAUUUAGUACGGUAAUGAACGACUUUUGUGAUGAGAGCACUAAUCGCUGAUGAAUAGUGGUGACUGAGAAAGGUCCUAAAGUGCAAACAAUGGGAAUGAGUGUUGGUCCGUUUUUAUGAGUUGAGUGGAAGUUAAUGAAAUAUUUAUUGCUAAUUAUUAAUGAGAAAGAUAGCAUUUUUGUCAGUUGUUAUUUUUUUUAAGUAAACAAGUCCUGGAAAGCGCAGUGACCGAUAAUGAGAAGGAAUGAGAUAAGAAGGUAACGCAGUAUAAACAAGGAGAAAUCAGUCCAUGUAUGAUAACCUAGAUUUUAACUGAACUGUUUAAUGCAACAAUAAAAGGACAAACAGUUGAAAACAACUUUUAUCUUCAGGGAAGAUUGUAGUACAGCGAAAGUGAUUGGUGAGGAAAUAGCUGUUGCGAAAGUACAGAAAACGAUUGUAAUAGACUCGUAUAGCACGUAAGAGAAACAAGUUUCGGAAUUGUGAUAUAUAUUUUUGUAUGAUACAGCAAAGGAAAGGAUUUACCUUCUGUUUUAUGUAUUUUUAGACGCAACAGUGAACGUGAGACGAAGGUGUCUUUUUAAUUUAUUACAUUUUUUUUUUUUUCCUAUAAGUACCACAGUUAAUUAGGAUCUAAAACAAACGUAUUGAAAAGAAAUUUGAGAAAUUUCAAAUCAACUGUUAUAUCUUUGAUGCCAUCACCGGGAUAUAAAACUAGGUGAUAGAGCGGGCCUCUGUGGCGCCCAACACCCCUAUAAAAUUGACUUUAAACUAUUCGCUAUAUUUGUCUUAAAUUUUUAAUCUUAUAGCAAGAACAUCAAACUAUUAGUGA